AUGGGAAAAGAAUGUGCUGCGAGAACCCGCCAGCUCCUCCGGGAGCCGCUCGACGACGCAUUCAUUAAAAGCGCAAUUAGCAGAGUGCAUCGCCUCGCGCACCCAUAUUAUGGAAUGUCAUUCGUCAAAAUUUCCCCGAAGAGUACCGUUCACUUCGAGCGAGGAGUCCCCAGGAUCCAUCCCCCUCGCCCCCCCCGCUCUGCCCCUCCUCGUCCCCGCUCUUCCUUCCCCUCUGCCAGCAGCAUCGUUCCCGACACCCCUCACCCUCAACGACCUCCGAGGGCUGCCAUCCGGCAGUCCCGAGCUCCCUCUCGUCUCGACGCAUCGCCGCGUGUCGAAAGUUCGUUUCCACAAACUUUCCCGAUACAAAAGAUCGGUGUCGUGCGCAACAGUUCUCAUAGUUUGUGUUUAAAGUUGUCAGUUAAAGUGUUCAGUAAGCCAAUAUGA